GUGAGAACGGCUUUCGUGAUCUCUGUAUUGCGAUUCCUUUGUGGCUUCCCAUAUCAUAGAUCAUGGCGAGUGGUGGUUUAAGCUCUGUCCGCGAUGCUUUGUUAACAGCCAGCUUCUAUGAUAUUAUCGACGAUGACGAAUUUGUUCUUCUAUAUGACGCCUAUUCGUCAAAACCUAUUUUCCCAUACUGGAAAUUCCCCAGAUUCAGUGUAGACGAGUGGAGCGAUGUGGAGUGCAAGACUGAGCUUAGAUUUGCGAAGAAACAUCUGCCUGAAUUAUGUGAAUGUUUAGGAAUUCCUGAAAAAAUUACAUGCGUGCAAAGAACAGUAUGUGGUGGGAUGGAGGGCCUGUGCAUUUUAUUGAAGAGGUUGGCAUACCCUUGUAGAUACACAGACAUGGUACCCCGCUUUGGCAGGAAUCCGACCGAGCUUUGCUUAAUCUUCAACACUAUGAUCGAUUUUAUCUACGAUAAUCAUAACCAUCGACUUCGCAGCUGGGAUCAGUUCUUUUUACAGCCUAACCAGCUGUACAGCUAUGCAGAGGCUGUGCACCGUCUUGGUGCUCCAUUAGGCAAUUGUUUUGGAUUUAUUGAUGGUACUGUGCGUGGAAUAGCGAGGCCACAAGAAAACCAAAGGGUUAUGUACAAUGGCCACAAGAGAAUACAUUCCAUAAAAUUUCAGAGUGUUGUCAUCCCAAACGGAUUAAUUGCAAACCUUCAUGGCCCCUUUGAAGGUAAAAGACACGACAGCACAAUGCUCCAACAAACAGACAUUCUCAAUGAGCUUCGGAGGGUGGCAUUUCAUAAUGGGCAUCCUCUUUGUCUUUAUGGUGAUCCUGCAUACCCUUUGGGUGUUCACCUUCAGGCCCCUUUUAAAAACAUUCAACUCACUCCACAAAUGGUUUUGUACAAUGCGGCCAUGAGUGAAGUAAGAGUUGCAGUUGAGUGGCUUUUUGGUAAUAUUACAAACUAUUUUAAGUUUAUUGAUUUUAAAAGCCAAUUACAAAUUAACUUGAGUUCAGUGGGGAAAUUUUACAUUGUUUGUGCCCUUUUGGAAAAUGCGUUGACCUGUCUGUAUGGUAACAUUGUGUCAGAAAAGUUUGAAGUUCAACCGCCUUCUUUACAGGACUACUUCCAAUAAUCUGAAUUCGUCUUAUUUUGUAUUUUGGCCAAUAGAAGAGUUACACUUUUGAUGUUGGAGGGUUAAAAAUUUAAAGAAAGAUUGUAUUAGUAAUCACUUGUACAUUAUUAACCUUUUUUUGGGAUGGCUUUCUUUGAGUGCAAUGUAUUGUAGAUCCAAAUUUGUAAAAUAAGCUGAUGAGUGAGAAAAAUAUUUUCUUCAGUAGAAAUAAACAUCAGCACAACCUACAUGUGUUGACAUUUCUGUUUACACUUAAUACUUUUGUGACAUUUAUGCAAAUUUUUGUGCCAUCAUGGAUUUAAUCAAUUAGUACACUUGCUAACUUAGGUCAUGGAAUUCCUUGAAAAGUAAUGGAAAUUUUCAUAGCUCAAAAGUGUAUUACCCCUGGCCCCUGGUUAAUGCGUACCAAUUACUUUAUCUGGUAAACACAACAUUUGUUUUAUGAUUGUAAACAGUGCUUUUUAAUGAUCAAGGUUGUAAUUUUCUGUUUUAUUCGUACAAUGGGCUGCUGCCCAAAAAUUUUGUUUAAUAAAUAAAGAUAAUCGAGAUAAGUGGCCUUUACAAUACAAAAUAUGCU